AUGGCUCUGUUCGAUACGGUCCCGACGGGCGCAAAGAUUCAGCCAUACAAUUACACGGUAUCGAUUCCAGAGGAGAAGCUCCAGCAGAUGAAGCAGCUCGUCACCCUGUCGCCCAUCGGGCCUGCGACAUGGGAGAACCUACAGGAGAGCCGCGACCUGAAUGACUUUGGCAUCUCGCGGAAGUGGCUUGAUAACGCGAAGGCAGAGUGGGAGAAGUACGACUGGCGCGCCACCGAACAGCACAUCAACUCCUUCCCGAACUUCACUCUCCCCGUGAAGGACGAUGACGGCCGCGUUUACAGCAUCCAUUUUGUCGCCCUGUUCUCCACCAACCCUGCCGCUGUUCCUAUCGCCUUCUUCCACGGCUGGCCCGGAAGCUUCCUCGAGUUCCUUCCCAUGCUCGAGCUCCUCAAAAGGAAGUACCAAACUCCCGAGCAACUCCCAUAUCACUUCAUAGUGCCGUCGCUCCCGGGCUUCGCGUUCUCCGACCGCCCGCCCAAGGACAAGGACUGGACGACCCACGACUCGGCACGCCUGAUGCACAGGCUGCUGGAGGGGCUCGGGUUCGGCGAGACGGGAUAUGUAGUGCAGGGCGGAGACAUAGGAAGCCUUAUUUGCAGGAGUCUGGCGUCGAGGUAUGAGGCCUGCAAAGCGGUGCACCUCAACUUUUGCCCCGCCCCCAAGCCCGACGGCGUCUCCAAUUCGGACAUCGAUGAACUAGAGCUGAAGGCCCUGCAGCGCGGUGAUGCGUUCCGCACCGCCGGCAUUGCCUACGCCCUGGAGCACGCUACGCGCCCCUCCACGAUCGGGCUCGUUCUUUCAGCCAGUCCAAUCGCGCUUCUGGCCUGGAUCGGCGAGAAGUUCCUCACCUGGACCGACGAGCCCCCCAGCACGACAACCAUUCUCGAAUCCGUCUCCCUCUACUGGCUGACAGACACUUUCCCGACCUCCAUCUACACGUAUCGCCACGGACUCGGCCCGCGCGCGGACAAGAUUUCCUUCCACGCCCAGCCGGAGAACCACAUCAACAAGCCGUUUGGCUUCUCGUGGUUCCCGCAAGAGCUGAUGCCGGUCCCGAAGGCCUGGAUCGCCGUGACUGGUGAUCUGGUCUGGUACAAGCAGCAUACGCGCGGCGGCCACUUCGCAGCGUUGGAGAGGCCGGAUGCUAUAUUGGGUGAUAUGGAAGACUUCGUGGCUAAGGUAUGGCAGAAUUGA